AUGGAGAAGGCGCCAGGGCUUAAUAUGCCCUUCGUUGACACGGAGGAUAUCAACAUAGGAGCACACAAGAAGCCACAUAGACUGGGGUCAGGGGAGUGGGACACGGUGGCGGGAGAGGACGAGUCUCUCAUAGAGAAGGCAGCAAGCCCUGCGCUGAAGCCUGUCCCGUUUGCAACACGCGUUGUUAGUUCACUGAUUGCAAUGCUGCAGGGGGUGGAGGUACUGUGCAAUUUGGCUAUUUUGUACCUCUUCAAAGACGAUUUCAAAAUAGACCCAGCACUGCUGGCAGUGGUGUUGGGGGCCCUGCGGCUGCCGUGGACAGUAAAGCCUCUCUGGGCAGUCAUGGCUGACAACUUUCCGCUGUUUGGCUACAGACGGAAAUCUUACAUCUUCAUUGGAGCAUCUAUGUGCAUUGUAGCGACCCUUGGGAUUGGACUGGGGGGAUACAGAUCCUUAGCAGCAACCACUUCCCUGCUGCUGCUUUACUUCUGGGGCUCUGCUGUUUGCAAUGUCAUUGGGGAGGCCCUUGUCGUUGAGGCGGGCCGCCGAGACGCCAGUGAAGAGGCCACUGCUCGCACCGUGUCUAUGUUCUUCGCUUUCCGCAAAAUCAGCUUUGCCACAGUGUCAUACUUGUCUGGUGUACUACUGGCCAUAAUGGCCAAACAGUACGUAUUUGUAAUUGCUGCGGCGCUUCCGGCUGCCGUUGUGAUGGCAAACUUCUGGCUAGAAGAGCCGCAGGCGAAGGUGCUGCCUGUCAAAGAGCAAUUCAAGGAACUGGCGAGAGUGCUCAAGCAGCCUACGCUUCUGAACUCGACACUCUUUAUCUUUAUAAUGAUGGCAACACCGUCAGCUGGCUCCAUCAUGUUUUACUUCAUGACAAAUGAGCUGCACUUCGGCCCCGAACUACUCGGACGAAUGGCAUUGUUCCAGAGUAUUGCUUCGCUCAUCGGCAUUCUCGUGUAUAUGUAUUUCUGUAGCACAACUUCUAUUCGGAAGCUUUUGCUGGUUUCUACAGUUGCGAUCACGCCUUUUUGCCUUCUCCCCGUAGUUGUAAUUGAGAGAUGGAAUGUCUCCAUGGGCAUCCCGGAUUCUGUUUUCGUCGUCACGGACACAGUAUUGAUGGAGUUUGCUGGAGAGUUUCAAGCGAUGCCGAUUCUGGUUUUGGCGGCGCGGCUUUGCCCCCCUGGACUUGAGUCUACGAUAUACUCUGUCCUUUUGUCUGCGUACAAUUUGGGCCUUGGAUUGGGAUCUCUUGUCUCAGCUGGACUGACAGCGGCCUUGGGAAUAUCCUCCACGAACUUUAAGGGUCUGUCGGCUCUUACAGUUAUCUGCGCGUUAUCAAACCUAUUGCCGCUGUGUCUUAUUUGGAUGAUCCCUGCAAAGGUAGAGGGACCCUCCCUGCUCUUGCCUUCCAAGCAUGUUCCCCGACGUCUUCCGCAGAAAACCGACGACGGCGCUUCGACCACUGCGGACUCAGAUGGUGGUGCUGCUGAGACUUCAGCCAACAAUUCAGACAUGGAAGCUGGUAGCGUAUGGCGAGCCAACAUCGGCAGCGGUCUCACCCGUAGAGGAACGGUCCAGGUUGUGGACGGCGGCCCAGAGGAACGCUACAGUCCUGUUAGCUCGCAUGACUCAUUUGCUGCCCUUGGCAGUGUUGGGGGAAUGCUCUCUGGCUGCCGUUCGCCGUCUGAGGAAAUUUUCGAAAGUGGGGGAUCAGGUGAGUGCGCCGUGUCCCCCCAGCCGCGCUGGUAA